CGCACGCACGCCACCAUAUUACAACACGUGUGGACAAUAAUGGAAAAUGGAUAGUAGAAUUUGUCGUUGUAAAUUUGAAAAUGAAGGCCGUUUCUUUGCCUUAAUCACUCCAGAUGGACGGCUAAAGGUUUGGGAUUGUACCAACGGUAAACUCAAACAUGAUAUCACGCCAGAUUCGCAUCUGGGAGGUUCUGGUUUGACUUGUAUCUCAUGGCGGACAAGCAGCAAGAUUAGAUCGAAAAGACGAAAGAGGAAGUCAUUAGAUGCUUCUUUGCUAGAACAAACAUGUGAAAUUGGGCUGGGAACUGUUGUUGGAGGCAUUUUUAUAUUUGAUGUUUUAAAUGGUGAAAUUAAGCAGCAUCUGAAAGAUGGUCAUGAUAACAAAGUGAAUGACAUUAAAUGGAAUAGAACCACAGACUUGCUUUAUUCUUGUUCAGAUGAUAGAUAUAUCACUGAAUGGACUGUAGAUGCACCUGAGAAAAAAAGUAAAUGGAAAGGUGACAAGACUAGCGUACAUUCAAUUCAAGUUAGUCCCAAAGGUGAUUGCUUGUUGUCUGCUGGCAGAGACAUUCGAUUGUGGGAUCUUGAGAAGAAAGAAAUACUACAGAAAUUCACAGGCCAUGGCACAUCAGUAUCACACCUUUUAUUCACACCUUUUAAAAGUGAAGGGAUGUCUAAUGGUUGCAAGACUAAUGGUUAUUACUUUUUAUCUGGAGCAGAGCAGGACAGAUUUCUUAAUGCAUGGAAAGUUGAUCUGGAAUUAAAAGAUAAAAGCUCCAUUGUAUCAUAUUCAAUCUCAGAUGAACCAGUAUCAUUAGCAUUAUCCCAUCAUCCUGACAAAGAAAAGCCAUUGCAUUUGAUUGUUGUAUCAAGAGAUGGACAGUUGCAUCUGUUUGAGCAAUCCCUAAAUGGGCAUGUGAAGAAACCAGUUAAUCCAAAGAGUACAGUACAACUGGCAACGCCUGGAAGAAAGGGCACAUCUCCUGAGCCGGUUUCAAUCAUCUCAGCUCAUUUUGUUGAAAGUUCUGAACCGUCAAUUUUAAUUGCUUAUGGAACCGCUAUUAAGCCACAAUUUGAAACAUUGAAAUAUGAAUCGCUUGAGAGAGAUGUCUGUCUGGUUCGUGAUUAUCGUCCUGGUCUUUUACUACGAGAGGAGAAUAACAACCAGCAAAGUCUGAAUACAAACAAAGCAGUUGUUAAGAAUGAUCUUUUGACAACAUUGAGUACAGAAAAUAUGGCUUUGGCCAGGCCAUCAUGUGGUGAGAGUGGAAGUAGCACCCAGUUAGCAAGAAAGUCAUCAGGAAAUAAAACACAAGAGUUAUCAAUGGAAGAUCGCCUGAAGACAAUGAAUCUGACUCCAUCCAGUUCGGCCCAACCAAAAAUGGAAAGGCAAAGUAUUCCUAAAGCUGGGUCACUCACACAAAUGCUGAUACAGGCUUUAAACAGUCAAGAUAAAAAACUUUUGGAUGAUGUUUUUAUUGUCAGUUCAAAGCCAAAGAUUAUUCAAAGCACUAUCAGGCGACUGCCUGUGAAUUAUGUCAUUCCAUUUGUGACUGAGUUAGUUCAUCGAAUACAAGCAUCACCAUCAAGAGGAAGUCACUUGGUUCCUUGGAUUAAAACCAUUCUCACCAUUCACAUGUCCUACCUUAUGUCUGUCCCAAACUUAGUUGAAUCACUUGGUGGCUUGUAUCAACUGUUUGAGUCAAGAGUUGGUGUUUACAGUAGACUGUGUAAGCUGCAAGGCCGUUUGGACUUGAUGCUUGCCCAGGUCUCAGCUCAAACUGAAGUAGUUGAAGAGGAACAGUUGACAGAACCAAUGAUGGUUUAUAAAGAAGACGAGUCGAGUGAAGUUUCUGAUUUGGAAGAAUUAGACGCAAGUGAAGAAUCAGCAGAGUCAUUGAAAGACGAUGCCUCAGAUGAUGAUCGUGAAACGCCGUCGGACGAAGAGAAAGCGGCCAGUUCCGAAGACGAUGAUAACGAAUCGAAGGAACAAUCUGACGGUGAUGUUGAAAUGAGGGAAUAAAUUGAAUAUAAUCAUA